UAUCCGAACGUAAUUAUUUGCCAUUGCCACACGAGUUGUUGAAGAGCUAAAGUUGUGUCGAUUUUCGCGUUGUAUUAUUAUAAAUAAGGGAUUUAAAUAGGCGUAAUUCAGUAUAAUCAAAUAAUUAUUAUUCGAAAAAUGACAGACGUUGCCAAAAAGGUGCAGGACUACAAGGAUUCCCUGAAGCAGAAGGCUGAGCAUCUAAUAAUAAAAGGAUUUCCCGAGAAGAUAGUGAAGUUGAAUGAGCUUCUCGAAACUCCAAAUUUCCAUAAUCGUGAACUGAAUGAUGUUCAUCAGGACCUAAACAUUCCAAUACCUCCUCCAAGUGCAGUUAGCAGUGAGCCUAAUGCCAAACGACAGCGGCUGGACUCGUCAGAGGCAUCAAGUAAUUCAACAGCCAUCAUUGAGGGCACCAAAGUUUAUGUUCUGCCUAAUGGGACGGUGCCCUGCAACAAACCAUUAAGUGACCUGAUACACCUCGUUAAACCUCACAUUAGGGAGCUUGUUGAAGAUUCCAAUCUACUGAAAAUGUGGAUUUCAUUCAUGAUUCCUAAAAUCGAAGACGGCAACAACUUCGGAGUGUCAAUACAAGAGGACACCCUGGCGGAGAUCCAGUCCGUGGAGUCGGAGGCUGCAGCAUUCUUCGACCAGAUAUCACGGUACUUCAUCUCCAGGGCAAAGAUUGUCUCCAAAGUUGCCAAAUAUCCUCACAUUGAUGACUACAGGAGAGCCGUCAGAGAAUUGGACGAGAAGGAAUACCUGUCACUGUGGCUGGUGAUGUGCGAGAUACGCAACCGCUACUGCUCCCUGCAUGACAUCGUCAUCAAGAACCUGGAGAAGAUCAAGAAGCCGCGCUCCUCCAACGCAGAGUCGCUAUACUAGGCCCAAUCUCAUUAGUCUCUUAGUCGCAUUCAAUUGUAAGAGUUACGAGAGGAUUCCUAACAGUGGCUGGAGCAGGCUGUUCUAUUCUUUAUUCACUAGGUACUACUGUAAAUAGAAGAAUUGGGUUGCAUCAGCUUUGAGAAUUUCUCAUGUAAAUUGUCUGCAACACUCAGGAGUAGAAUAUUUUACUGGCACUUUGCUGUUCUUAUCACCUCAUUUUUGCUGGACAAUGAAAUGAAAAAUCACAGUUUAUAAGUAAUCAAGUAUUACCGUCAUACCGAGUGUAAUAACGACAAUUUAUGUGACCGCGUUUCCCAUUUAUAUUGACUGAUGCAAUUCAAUUUUAAUUGCUAUUCAUCCAUAGUAAGAGAGCACAAAUCAUUACAGUGUUGAUUCCUAAUUAGUGUUUUACCAUAUCUACUUAUAGGCGUAGGUCCCUUUCAAAGGCUAGCGUAAGAAGAACUUUUCUUACCAUAUGAGAUUUUAUAAGUACUUAAAUAUACUUCUAGUGAAUAAAGAAUAGCGUUUCUCAUCAUUUUGUAGUGUUAUGGCAAGGUGAGACCAGAGACGUAUUAUACCAAGAGACUGAGCGCUUUUAGGCAUAGUAGUUUUCAAUUUGUGAUGAAUUGGAAAACGUCCUACGCGGACGUAAUUUUGAUACUGACUUUAGAAUAUCUAUGUGUGAUUACUUGAUUAUUCCGAGGGACCUUCUGGUAACAUUUACUCCUAUGUUAUCUAAAGAUGCAAAAGUAAUAUUAAGAUUUAACAGUCAUAUAUUUCCUUAAUAAUGAAUUCUAUUCUUGAAACAAUAUUUUAAUUUUUCAUAUUUAGUGUUAAUAACUGACAAGUAUAAUAGCAGAUAACAUUCGAAUAAAUAUUACCCAUGUGGCAAUGUCCCGUCACUUUAGGUCCAAUGAUCUUACGAGGUUUAAUGUUUAAGUUAGGUACUGGGAUCUACAAAUACUUGUCCACUUGCUAUGAAACUACACUAUGGUGCAUUUAUUUCUUCACCGGUAAUGCGGUAUCUACGAGGUACACAAACUACUGUUUCUAAAAGUUCAAUAACUUAUUUAUUAAUAAUUUGGAAAUUUUCAGUGCCUAUAUUAUUUAAUAGUUCAUAUUGACAAUUCCCAGCUGAUUACAAAGUGAUAGUUUGGCUGUCAGUCAACAUUUUAAUUUAAAAUGUACCAAUAUCGAUAAAUAAAAUACAUUUCUAUGGAUGUGUA